GCGCAAAUGUUUUAAGACAACAACCAACCUGCAAUAUUUAUCAAUAACAAUCAUAGAUUUAUUAACGUAGUUGCUGAUUUGUUGAGAAAUAAAUAUAUAAAUCAAAGGGUUUGUGUAUUUUCUGAAUCCUGAUAUUGGGGUUUGAGUUUUUGUCAGGAUUGUCAUUAAUAUGGAAGGUGGUACUGGCAGCCAUGGUGAGAGUGAUGACCAGAGCGUGACGACACCGUUUCUGUCAAGCGAAGAUAAACAUAAUUCGGACCAGAACAAUGGAGGAAGAAGAAGAAAAAGAUGUAACUCUGUGACUCAUCUGAAAUGUGAUUUUCUUUCGAAUUUGCCUGACAAAGUUAAGGCCGGCCUUGAUCCUGAGUCUCCUUUCAAGCUUGAUAUUUCUAAAACCAGGGGCUUGAUUCAAGGAGAGAAGGAAUAUUAUGAAAAACAAUUUGCAACUCUGAAAUCUUUUGAGGAAGUUGACUGUCAUGAGUCACAAGCUCUUGAUGAAGACCAAGAAAAUGAAGAACAAAUCCAGCAUGAAAGAGCUAUGAAAAUUUCUAAUUGGGCAAACAUCCUUUUGCUCGCUUUUAAGAUAUAUGCGACUAUCCGGAGUGGAUCUUUGGCGAUUGCAGCGUCGACUCUGGAUUCGUUGCUGGAUCUCAUGGCGGGUGGGAUACUAUGGUUCACGCACUUGUCGAUGAAAAACAUUAAUAUCUAUAAGUAUCCUAUAGGAAAAUUGAGGGUGCAGCCGGUAGGAAUCAUCAUCUUUGCAGCUAUUAUGGCUACGCUUGGUUUUCAAGUGCUGAUCCAGGCCGUAGAACAACUGAUUCAGAACGAUCCAUCUGCAAAGAUGACUACGGAACAAUUGAUAUGGUUGUAUGGAAUCAUGCUGACAGCUACUGCAGUUAAACUUGUCUUAUGGCUUUACUGCAGAAGUUCCGGGAAUGAUAUUGUUCGCGCAUAUGCCAAGGACCAUUACUUUGAUGUGGUAACCAACGUAAUUGGUUUGGUAGCCGCGGUCCUCGGUGAUAAAUACUACUGGUGGAUCGAUCCAGCUGGGGCUCUUCUUCUUGCAGUUUAUACAAUCUGCAAUUGGUCUGGAACUGUACUUGAAAAUGCAGUUUCGCUGAUCGGACAGUCAGCGUCCCCUGAGGUCCUACAGAAACUUACAUAUCUCGUCAUUGGCCACCAUCCGCGAAUCAAAAGAGUAGACACAGUUCGCGCAUAUACAUUUGGCGUUCUUUAUUUUGUCGAGGUCGAUAUUGAAUUGCCGGAAGAUUUGCCGCUAAAGGAAGCGCAUGCUAUUGGAGAGUCAUUGCAGAUAAAGAUUGAAGAACUUCCUGAAGUGGAGAGGGCAUUUGUUCAUCUUGAUUAUGAGUGCACACACAAACCAGAGCAUUCUGUUCUUAAUAGACUCCCUAAUAAUCUUGAUUGAUUUUGAAGUUUCCCUUUUUGUAUUUUGUUGCUGUUUGUCAACCAGAAUUCUUCUGUUUCAUGUCA